CCUUUCUUUCCAACAUAUCCACUUCUCCACCAUAGACAUCAUCCAUUACUAAAUUCAAGAGAGAGAAAAAGAAAAAACUUGAAGAAAGAAAGAAAAAAGAUUAAGCAAAGAUUCAUGGCAGCCCAAAUGAAAGAGCUUGAAGAGUAUAUGGCUCUUAUCUCCCAAAUGUACCCUGGGGUAUACACUCAAGUUGCACCACAGCAAGGGGGACAGAAGCCUCGACGGCGGCGGAGGAAGAACAAGGCUGCGGAAAGCGGCGCUGCAGCGGCAGCUAAGAAAAGGAAGCUUAGUGACGAACAAGUUCAUCUUCUUGAACUUAAUUUCGGAAAUGAACAUAAGCUCGAGUCGGAACGGAAAGACCGGCUUGCUUCGGAGCUGGGGCUGGACCCUCGGCAGGUGGCGGUUUGGUUCCAAAAUCGAAGGGCCCGCUGGAAGAAUAAGAAGCUUGAGGAGGAGUACAACAAGUUAAAGACAAUCCAUGAAGGGGUUGUGCUUGAAAAAUGUCGACUUGAAUCGGAGGUUCUGAACCUGAAGGGACAACUUGGAGAGGCGGAGAAGGAAAUCCAAGGGCUGACGGAACGUAUAGAUGGGGUUUCGAGUAACAGUCCGAGUUCAUCAUCGGCUCUUUCAAUGGACCCACCACCUUUCCUUGGGGAAUUUGGAUAUGAUCAAGAUGUUUUCUACUUAGGACAAGACACUUAUAUCCAUGGCUUGGACUGGAUGAACCUAUUUAUGUAAUUAAACUAGCAUGUGUAGAUAAUUAUCAUCUCUAAUUGUCAAAUAUAAUGUAAUUAAUCCU